CAGCUUUCGCUUUCAUUUUGGCGGGAAAGCAGAUAAACAAGAUGGAGGACGAAGAGGGACUGUAUCUGGAAAAUUUAGAGGAGUUUAUCAAUGAUGAGGACAGGAUUGUCACAUACAAAUGGCUCAGUAGGACUUUAUCCGUGUCGUCGAAUCAAGCUAAGCAAAUGUUGUACUCCUAUCUGGUCAAGAAAAGAGAAGACAARAAUGCUAACAAUAUUUCGGCCACCUAUCUUGUUGGAGGAAGAUGCAAUAUCGAUGAUGAAAUGAUUCAACAAUUUAUAUUGACAAAUGACACUAAUCUUGAUGAUACAAAAAGUUGUUUUGAUAUCGUAACUUCAGUGCAUGUAUAUAGUUUGCAGAAAAACAAACCAAAGGAUAGUAAUGCUUUUUAUACAGUAGACUAUAACAUCCAACAAGAACACAAAGAUGACUCAAACAGGUGGAAUCAUAUUUACUGUAAACAAGCCACACCAUUUAGUGAUGGUGGGGUAAACAGAGGUCACUUGCAAGGAAAAUCUGGAAAAGAAAAUUCUAACCCAGCUGGAUCAACAAGUAUUGUCAAUGGCCAAGGUUCAACAAAGCAUAACUCCAACAAUUCUGAUAAACCAAAAAGCUCAAAUCAAAAAUCUAAAAAAGGACAACUUCCGAAUAUGGGCAUGUUUGCAGCAAAAGAGGAAAAGAAAGAUGUAAMAUUGGAGAAAGAGGAACUAAAGACAAGUGAAACCAGUAAAGAUAAAUCUAAUGACCCAGAAAAGAAAUCAAAAUCAACUAAGGUUUCCAAGCAAGGUGGCAGUAUGCUYUCAUUUUUUGGUAAACCGGUAUCAGGAAACCAAGAAACACACAGACAAAAAGAAGAAAAAAUCAAAGAAAAAUCGCCAGAAAAAAGGAAAGAAACUGAAAAGACAAAAGAGAAGCCUUCAGAGAGUAAGGACGCUUCAAAGAAACUAGAUGAAAGCAAAAAAGCACCAAAAGAAACUAAAGAGAUACAAAGCAAGAAAAAGGAGAGUAAAACAACACCAGAACAUAAAAAGGAAAGUAAGAAGACACCAGAGAAUAAAACCAAAGAGAACAAGAAAAUAAGUAAACAGAACAGGAGAAGAAUCAAAAACUUAGAUUCUUCAGACGAUGAGGAUGAGGAGCCAAUUCCAAAAAAGCUCACCAAGCUAGCGUCUGAUUCAGACUCUGAAGGCAAGUAGUACACCUUUUAAAAAUGCAGUCUAAAAAUACUCUUUCUGGAUUUCUUAGUAAUAUUGGUCUUUAAGUAUCAGAAUUAUUCAACAUAUUAGUCUCUAUGAAUACACAUUGUAGCAAUAGUAAUAGUAAGUUGUGGGCUCAAUUCAAAGAAUCUAAGAAUCGUUAAUCRUUAGUUUUUGCAAGGGCAUUUGCCACCACUCAUUACCACUCAUUACCACUCUUUUCCACUUUUUUAUGUAUUAUUAUUUGACUUGACUAAAUAGAUGGAGAAGUGAAUGAAUCAAAGCAAAAAUAGCAAUURAUCUAUUACUUUUUUGCAGAAGAYAUUCAGCCCAAGAAGUUGCAAGGAAAG